CGGCGCCGGCGGCGGCGGAGGGGAUGCGGCGCCGCCGCAGCGCUCGCCAUGCCCGGUAGCCGGCGGAAGGGGCUCAGCCACAGGCCCGCCGCCCUGAAGAGGCGGAGCGGCGGCGGCGGCGACGAGCAGCUCACCCGGCAGCGGCCGGUGGAGCCUCCUGUGGAGGAGGCGGCGGCCGGCGGCGCGGAAGGCGGCGCGGGCCGAGGCCUGCCCGCGGGGGAGGCGCCGUGCGCGCCCCGGCCGUCGCCGUCGCGGGAGGCGGCGGUGCGCGGCGCUGCAGAGUCAUGCUUACAUAAAACACCAAAGAGAUCACUGAGUAGGAAGUCCCGAAUACCUACUUUCAGCUCUCCUGUCAAUGAUACCGACAUACAGCAAGAAAUCUUUUGGGAUCCUCAUUCACCAAUUGCACAUAGACUAGGCAAUGGAAAACCCAAACAGUCUACCAGUAGAUGUGCAGUAGAGAUCUCAGAAAUUGUUAAUCGUAUUGCUCCUCAGGAUGAAAAAGCAGCCUGUAAUGAAGGCUCCCUUUUAGGGACAUGGAUUGGUGAGGAUGCUAUUCCCUGUACACCUGGAGUAGUAAAAGUGCGAGCCAGGACAAAGUUAAGCUGUACAAGAGAUCUCAAAAAUCCUGAAGAGGAACUCAUGAAAUUGGCUAAGGAAUUUGAUAAAAAUCUAGUAGAGCUCGAUGCUGUUCAGGAAGAAGAGAAGCUACGUCAGGACUUCAUCCAGACCACCUCAGAGUCUUUAAGUAAUUCUAAAGAUGAAGUGAAGAUUAAGAACCUGAAAUCACUCCUUGGUGAAGUUUCUGAAACAGAUACUGUUCUGUCCCUGAGACCAGUUGGACAGAGCACUGGCAUCCCUGCUGCAGAGCCCUAUCAAUCCAGCAGUCAAAAGCCUAUAGACCUUGAGGCUGAAAUAGCCCUUCGUGCUCUUUUUGACUGCUCUACCCAAAAGUGUAGUGGACAGCUGAGCCAAGGACUCUCAGAUAUUUCUUUGAAUAAUAGUUUCCAUGAAAAGAAAAGCACCUUGGAGGAGGUACACCUUCCCAAGCAAAUUAAAGACGUGCAACAGGGUCAUUCAGAGGCAUACCAAAGAGAUACUCCAUGUGCGCUAGGAAGUGUGAACCAGCCUCUUGCAAAACCUGACACGCCAAAAAAGUGUCCUCCUUCUUUGAAGACACAAUUGGUGGUCUCCAGUAAGCUGGCUGGAGUAGUUCAUGAUGACUUUGAUGACUGGGAUACAGAUCUUUUGGCAGAUGACUCUUUUGUGAUGCAAAUAACUCAAAAUCCUGAACUGAUAAGUACUGAAGAAGCACCACCAAUUCCUAGAAAUCCGUCCGUGCAAGGUCUCAGUGAUGCUAGCAGAACAGUGGAAAGCAGUAGCUGCAGUUCAGUAACUUGUUUGGAGAAUGUACACAAAUCUAACAGUUCUCAGUUUUCAACUUUGAAACAUUCUACUAAAAACACAAGAAAUGCUGUGAAAUCUCUUUCUUUACAAAAGCCAUGUAAGAUGGAAAACUCAAAGACAGAGGCCACUGCCUUUCAUGCCAAAUGUGGUGUUAAGCCAGAGAAAACAAAUACUAUUGGGAAAAGUGCCCAAAGCAGUGAUUUGAACUGUAUUCCUGUUUCAACACAGCCUCAAGUGAAGAGUGGAAAUGGAACUCCUCAGCCUAAAAGUGACCCUCUUCCUCUUUUUCCUUCAAGAUCUAAUCCUCAUAGGCAAUGGACUGAAAAACCUGGGAAUUACACGCACAGUGUUUUCUGUCCAUCGUCCAGUGUUCCUACCAAUACGAAAGCCAAUGAACUAACUAAAGUGGUUAAUCAAGCUAAUGUCAGUCACUUAAAUCCAGUUGAAAUGGCAAAGAAAUAUCCUCUGUCAUUUGAUGACUGGAAGGAACCAAAAUUCUCUGAUGAGGUAUUAGAUAUGUUUUGUGAAUCUGAUAGUCUUUGGGAUGCAAACUGUGAAGAUGAUGAGUUGUUGUAUCAGGUAUGUGAUGAUAUAGAAAAGCAGAGUCAGAGCCAGGAUGUUAAACAAGGAAAUGAAAGAGCUAAAACUGUACAAGGAGCCAGCAUUAAUUCCAGAUCAAACGCUGGUAACAGCUUCCCAGCAUCUAAACAAGGACUACCUGAUCACCUCUUGGCACAAAGAACAAAUGCAAAACAGGACUUUUCCCCACUAAACGAUUCCUGUAGGAAUUCAUCAAAGGUUAUACAUGGGCUGGCCACAUCAGGUCAUGUGGUCAACUGUAAAAACAUCUCGAGUCCUCAAACUGUGAUCUCGGGUACUUCUAUGGAGUGUAAAUACACACUGUCUAAAAACUCUCAUCAGGCUGCUUCUGAAGGUACUACAAAGACUGCUGCAGGGAAAUGGUACAGGUCAAAUUCUGUUCCAUCAGGAGAAACUAGUUCUGAAGUAAGUCCUGUUAAUGCAGUAAACAUUUUUAGUAGCAAAACAGUAGACAGCCCAAAUCUUUUGUAUAAUACAGGAAAGAUGCCAAGUAACAGUUCUGGGAACAAAACAUCACUUGGGCCUUCGAAGUUUAAGUUCCGAAAGACUAACAAUGCUCAGGGUGCUCUUCACAUAGGGUCUGAAAAUCCAGGGAGUCAUUCUGGCAUUGGAAUUACUCUGCAGGUUUUGGAAGGAAGCAAGAAUCAGGUGAAUGUGACUUUGCACAGCAAGCUUGACAAUAAGAAAUCACCUUUCAAGAGGCACCUUUCAGAGUCUUUUGCGCUGCCUACAUCAGUGUCUGUGGUGGAACAAAAAAAUAGAAAGUGUUCUCAGGAAGAGAUUGAAAGGAAAAAACAAGAAGCUCUUGCACGAAGAAAGUCCAGGAUGCAGGCAUUUUUGAAAGAUGCUUGAAUUUGGAGUUUAUUUUGCCUGUGGAGUAAGUUUUUGUGAGGGAAACAUUGUAAUGCUGGAAGACACAUUUUUAAUGCUGUUGACAGCUACUGAUGGCAAGCUUUUUCUGUUUCUCAGUUUAAAAGAAUCUUGACCUGAACCAUAAUGAAUACUCUGAUGGUAUUGAGUUAAAAAACUACCAGUUGUAAAUGUGUAGUCCCAGGCUACCUUCAGCACAGUGAAGGUUAUAUUGAGUUUACAUAAUGUUAUACGUUGAAAUUGUGUAGUCUGAUGAUGAUCAGAGCAUGAAAGCAGUUGUAUACCCAGGUAAGCGGAUGACAAAACCACACUGUGUGGUUUUGGGCUGUAUUUGUCUUCUUCCAAGUAUUUUAAUCUAAAAGAAGACCCUCAAGUAGACACUAAGAAAUGCUAAUGCUUGCUUUCAGGUAGAAGACAGAUUUUAUAUUUUGGUUUAAAGUAAAUACAAUCUAGAGAACACUUUGGAAAGCAUGCUCGGACUGUCUCUGUUACCUUAGGUAAGAAUUGUUCAUUGUGAAGGAAGAAUUUAAUAUAAAAGUUUCAUAAGGUGAAAAAGCAUCUGGAAAGGACAUUUUUUAAAAUCAUUUUUUUUACUUUUAAUUCCCUUCAUGAGGAGUUGGAAAUGCCCUGUCUAACAAAAUGCCUUUCUCUAAACACGCAUUACCCAGCGAAGUAAAAAAGGUAGCCUACCUCAUUUUACUAAACCACAAGCGAUAUAAAAUACACCAGGUGAAAUUUCAACAACUAUGAAUCAGUUUAGCCUUAUGGGGUUUACAUAUUUUUCAAACUAAAGGCUGUUAAAACAUAAAAAUGCAAUGUCAUGUCAGCUUAACAGGGGCUGAUAGAAUUUUUGAUGUGAUAGAUGGGUGCAGAGUUCAAGCUGCAAAAACUGCCUGUGGGUAAGCUGCAAGAUAUUUUUCAACUGAGAAAUGCUUAUAUGUAAACAUGUGACACUCUGAAAAGUGACUGUAAUUUUUCCUUGUAAAUAAAUAACUCUGAAAUGUACCAAA